AUGGAAUUUUUGAAUACAAAUAAAAAAGCCGAAAAUAAUGGCACAUUGCUAGACACAUUUAAAGAUGAAACACCUUCAAAUGAAAACGAAGAAACAAAUAAGAAACCUGAAAAUGAAGAAGUUAGGAUUAUAACAGUAUUGUUAUUUGGCAGAAAAAGAAGUGGGAAAACGACUUUAGCUAAUGUAAUCAAUAAUAUUAAUAAUAUGAAAGCGAUUGAUACAAUGGGGUUUGGUGAUAGAAGGUUAACCCCUCAAGAAAUAUUACGUAAAUUUGCAGAAAAUAUUGAUUAUGAUGAUAUUAAAGACGGAUUUAACCAAAUUUUAUUUGUCACCAAUGGAAGAUUUAGAGAAGAGGAAAUUGAAGCUUAUGAUUUAUUAGAAGUUAUUUUUGUUAGAACUAAUUUUCCAGAUUUUGAAGAUGAUAUUGAGUGUGAACAAGAUCGUUUAGAUAUGAUUAAGGAAAAUGACAAACUUUCUACAAUAAUUAAAGAAUGUAAAAAGGUUAUUCAUGUAGAUAAUCCACCAAUAACACGUCGUACUAAGGAAGGUGCAGAAGAAACCCGAAAAGAAUCAAGAAAAAAAAUAUUAAACCAUUUAAAUAUUUGUGGAAAGAUUCAUUAUCCACCAAAUUUAGUUGAAUUAAAUGAUAGAAUAAAAGAGUACAUGACGGGUAUAGAAAAAUUAGAAAAUGAGCUUGAAGAUUUGAAAAGGCAAAUGGUAGUGGUUUAUAAUCCAUCAACUAGUAGCGGUAUCUCAGAAGAAAACAAUAAAAAUAAAUACCAAAUUGCUUUUACGCAACUAAAAGAAAAAUUUUAUUAUUAUAUAAGUUCUAUGAAUCCAUAUUAA